GCGGGUACUGCAUCCGCUGACGAUCACUUCUCCGGUCUCCACAUCUUGUUGAGCGUCGCAGGCUGAGGCAGGCAGUCAGGCACUGUGCUCCAGUUUCAAACGCGGUCACACGUAUGGACCGGCGCCCGUAGCGACCUUCCGGACUCCUCCGUGCUCCUUCUCGACACCGACGAGCCGGUUUCGGCAUCUUCCUGUGGGGACUGCCUCUCUCUCUCUCCAGACUGCGUAAGGCCUCUCUGGUUGAAGAGGAAAAAAGUGGGGCUUGGUGUGGCGAAGGCGGUGGCGACCAAGUGUCCUCGAUGGCAGGCUGGAAGGACGGCUCGGUGCAGGAGAAGUACCGGCUGGUCGUGGUCGGAGGCGGCGGGGUGGGCAAGUCGGCCCUGACGAUCCAGUUUAUUCAGUCCUACUUUGUCACGGACUAUGACCCCACAAUUGAGGACUCUUAUACCAAGCAGUGUGUGAUUGACGAAAGGGCAGCCAGGCUGGACAUUCUAGACACGGCUGGGCAGGAAGAGUUUGGAGCCAUGAGAGAACAAUACAUGAGGACAGGGGAGGGCUUCCUGCUCGUCUUCUCAGUCACCGACAGAGGAAGCUUCGAAGAAAUCUACAAAUUCCAAAGACAAAUUCUGCGAGUGAAAGACAGAGAUGAAUUCCCGAUGAUCCUCGUAGGGAACAAAGCCGAUCUGGAGCUGCAGAGACAAGUAACUCAAGAGGAGGGCCAGCAGCUGGCCAGACAGUUGAAGGUCACUUACAUGGAGGCUUCAGCCAAAAUCCGUAUGAAUGUCGACCAGGCUUUUCACGAGCUGGUUCGAGUAAUUAGGAAGUUCCAAGAACAGGAAUGUCCACCGUCGCCAGAACCGACAAGAAAAGAGAAAGACAAGAGCGGCUGCCAUUGUGUGAUCGUCUGAGUUGGCCUUAUCACUGCAACUCAUGCAGCUACUCUGUGUUGCCCCGCCCACUUGCCUGACAUCACAUCCCAGCGUGGAUGACUGACCGCUGCCUUCUCCACCACGUGCAUGUCUCCAGACAGCUCCCCUCCAGACCUUCCCAUCUCUGGGAUACUCGGACUCGGGGUCUCUGUGCCCAGGACUUGACUAUGGACGAGUGACAAUGUCAAAAUUGAAACAAAACACCACUCUACCGUCAGCCAUAACCCGAUUUACAUGACUCAACAUUGCCUUCUAAAUCAGCCUGACCAAUUCAUGUUUUGUACUCGUAAGGACUUCUCUUGCCUUGUAGUGAUUUGUACUUGCUGCCGAGAUUGAAUGAAACAAAGUAAAAGAUGUAUGUGUGGUGUGUGUAUUGAUAUGUAUAUAUAGAUAUAGAUAUCUAUUUGUCUAUCUCUAUAUCUAUAUAUGGAUAUAGAUCUCCCGAAUGUUACCAAGUUCCUUUCAAAUGUCUGACAGAGCAGAGAGAUUAUUUUAUGAAGCUUUGUGUUAUGUUGUGCCAUCUUUUCUCCCAUGUGCUAAUCUGCUACUGUACAUAUGUGAGAUUUGUCGUGAUUUUUAAAGUGUAUUUCUAAUGAUUAUUAAAUCACCACAGUAGAGUGUGUGAGAUUGGUUUUGCAGAUAUGAAAGUGACUAUAUGAUGUAUAUAAAUGAUGCCUAGACAAGACCUUAAAGCUACAGUGAUAUAACUUUUAGAUUAUUUUUUUUUUGUAGCUUCUGCUUCCAUCUCAAUUGCCAAAUAUAGAAUGUCUGAAGUGUGCUGUCUUACUCUGAUUAUUAUUUUUAAGUCUUAUAGACUGAUGGAUCCUGCCAUCCCUUUCUUUCAAGGUGGUGGUUCAGUGGGUUGAAAUGAGAGCUCACAUGUUCUUGACAUCAGAAGCCACACGCGAGAACAUAUCAAAACACAAAUAAAGUCAACACUUUGACGAGGUUAUAUGAACAUACUUUUUAAAGUCCCUGUGAAGUGAAAAUAAAUAAAUCAAGUAUAUAAAACGAGGCUUCAAAAUCUCCCCAUGCUGUUUUCCUGUAUCUGCUGAAUGUGCUCAAAAAAUGUCCUCUGUGAGCCUCAAAAAUGUAUCUGCAUAAAGCCACUGAUGGCUGGAAUAUUUUCACGGUUUCUAUAGUCCACAUGCUAUCAAUUCGGACUUAAACAACAAUUCCCUCCUCGUCGCUCGUCUGCUCUUCUUCGAGUGCCGUGCCUGUAUUCACAGCUGACAAUGAGGCGCUCUAAAGCUGCCACGCCAGCAGAAUACCCAGGUUGGAGGCAUCGGUAAUUAAAUGCACAUCGUAAUUCCACUGGUUAACCGAUGAUGCAAGCAAAGGCAGUCAAGUUCAUAAAUUCCGAGGGGAGGGGGAGGUUGCAUGCAUGCCCGAAUGGAAGAGCGUCAUGAGGCACAAUUUUUCCACAUUUUGAGCAAUUAUCUUCAAAUGUAUAUCUUAUAAGCAAAUCCCUGAAUUCACUUUACAGGGUCUUUACAGUUCCAUUCCAAUGUUAACGUGUGAUCAACAUUUCGUCAACAACCUGAUUAAUCAUUUCAGUAACGUAGUAGAUUGUUUUUGUACCUUUGGUCACAACCUUGAUCUUAAUUGUUUGCCCCUCAGUGCUCUUCUGUUGGAAGAAAAAAAAUUAAUGUGCUCAGCAGCCGCACAUGAACUGGACCUUCCACCUGUGGCGUCAUGUUUGGCAUACACACACACACACACACACACACACACACACACACACACACACACACACACACACACGUCUUCAUAUCACCCUGUAUCUGGAGAUCAAAACAAUUAGAUGAUAGUAGUAAAGGACUUGAUGAAAUGUUUCUACUUUUAUACUUUAUAUUCUGAUCAAACUACUGUAGCCGCUAAAUACUU